AUUCAAUAUGGCUGCCCAGACUACUACACAGAAAUUUAGUGAUAUAUACGAUCUAAAAGAAGAACUUGGAAAGGGUGCUUUUUCCAUUGUGAGAAGAUGUGUACAGAAAUCCACAAAUUUAGAGUUUGCUGCAAAAAUCAUUAACACAAAGAAAUUAUCGGCCAGAGAUCAUCAAAAGCUUGAAAGAGAGGCGAGAAUAUGUAGACUAUUAAAACAUCCAAAUAUAGUUCGGUUACAUGAUAGUAUACAGGACGAGGGAUUUCACUAUCUAGUGUUUGACUUGGUAACAGGAGGCGAAUUGUUUGAAGACAUUGUAGCCAGGGAAUUUUACAGUGAGGCAGAUGCAAGUCACUGCAUGCAGCAAAUUUUAGAGAGUGUUAACUAUUGUCACCAACAUGGAAUAGUCCACAGGGAUUUAAAGCCUGAAAACUUGUUGCUAGCUAGCAAAGCCAAAGGUGCGGCAGUAAAGUUAGCUGAUUUUGGAUUGGCCAUAGAAAUACAAGGAGAUCAGCAGGCAUGGUUUGGCUUUGCUGGAACUCCUGGCUAUUUGUCCCCAGAAGUCCUGAGAAAAGACCCCUACGGGAAGCCUGUAGAUAUAUGGGCAUGUGGUGUGAUACUUUAUAUCCUGUUGGUUGGUUACCCACCAUUUUGGGAUGAAGAUCAACACAGACUUUAUGCUCAGAUCAAGGCUGGGGCUUAUGAUUACCCGUCUCCAGAAUGGGAUACAGUGACACCAGAGGCCAAGAAUCUCAUUAAUAGUAUGCUGACUGUCAACCCUGCAAAACGUAUCAACGCCACUGAAGCUCUCAAGCACCCAUGGAUAUGUCAACGUGAGAGAGUGGCAUCUGUGGUUCACAGACAGGAGACUGUUGAUUGCCUCAAGAAAUUCAACGCAAGAAGGAAGCUCAAGGGUGCAAUCCUUACUACAAUGUUGGCUACAAGGAAUUUCUCCAGUCAAGCAUUGCCAGUCACAGCCAAAGUCAACGGUGCAGCAGCUAAUGGCAACAUGGCAGCAAAACUUGCAUCCUCUCUUGUAGUAGAUUCUGGAAAACAGGCAGUUCCAAUUAGAGAUCCACACAUGGAACAAGCAACAGCACUGAAAGAUGCUGCAUUUGAUAAAAAGGACAGGCCCAAGAGUCCAUUUGGAUUGACUGGUGAAUCCAAAGGUACUGCCAAGUUUCCAUUCACAACACCUGAAGUGACUAAAGAGUCCGCAACAAUGGCAUCAAUACUGUUUGGUCAGCCUAAGAAAGAGCCAUCCAACUUCCUUGCUGCUUUGGUCUCUGGCCAAGCCAAACAGGAAGUCUCCAAAAGUAUUGCAGUGUUAACAGGACCAGAAAAAAGUCCAAAACCUGUCCCUCCUGCUUCUGUAGCUGGGCAAAGUCAACUUGAGGACUCCAUGAUAACCAGCGGUGUGAUGGGUGGUGGUCAAGUGGUACCAGUAGUCAGUAGUCCUAAUGACUCGGCAGUGACUGACAUGGCCUUGGGCCGUAGUUUGAUGGCAAAGAAGAAUGAUGGAAUCAAAGAAUCCACUGACAGUUCAGCUACUAUUGAUGAAUCUGAUGACACCAAAGUAGGAAAAAGCGAUAUGGACAGGGGCAUCACUCUGACAGAAUUGCAGAUUAAUGAGUCUUCUACUGAACCUCACAAAACGCCGUGUAGAAAACAGGAUGUGAUCAAACUCACUGAGCAGCUGAUAGCAGCAAUAACUAGUGGCGAUUAUGAAGCAUACACCAAAUUCGUGGAUCCACAUAUGACAUGUUUUGAACCUGAAGCCAUGGGAAACUUAAUAGUUGGCAUGGAUUUCCAUAAAUUUUAUUUUGAUGUACAUACAAAGAACAAUAAGCAGAUCAACACUAGUAUAUUAAACCCCCAUGUUCACCUGUUGGGAGAUGAUGCUGCUUGCAUCGCAUAUGUCAGGCUAACACAGUACAUAGAUAGAAAUGGUCUACCUGUAACUACACAAGCUGAGGAAACCCGUGUCUGGCAGCGUAAGGAUAAUAAGUGGCAGAAUGUUCACUUCCAUCGGUCAGGAAGCCCUUCCGCACCCAACAAAUAGACCCCAAUGGUUACCCUUCUUACGGUGGUAGGAGGGACUUAAUGUUGCCAGAAGCAGAGGGACGGAGCCUUGGGGCCUGUUUUUGCUCAUUCUGACACUUGAGAUUUAUAUUUCCAGCUGGUCAUAUUGUCCUAAGUGGCCGCCUAGCUCUGUGGCCUACUGCUGCCAUGCAUUUAUGUGGCCUGAAGGUGGAGCCAUUAAGGAAUGACCUGUCGCUACACAUUGUUUCUAUCUCAUUGAAGUGUAUGUAUAGGCUGCCACUUAUCUGUUCUGUACUAGGAAUAAUAACACAUAUACCUGUCUAGCCAGCAAGCACACCAUCAUCACCGUCAGCACACGGUCACAUCAUUAGAAAUACUGUCACGAGUCAUCAGAAAAUAGACAGGAUAAAACUUCUUUCGAAUGUUCUUAAAAUGUGUUUAGAGAUAUACUCUCUUUUUGUUAGAAUUUCAUGUAUUGAUAAGUCACACAGCAGAUGACAUGAAAUAAUAUUCUCUGUAAAAUUUUUGUCUCAAAUUCAAAAUUGAUAAAUAAAAUUAUCAAAGCAACAUCAGGUUUUUUUAGUACACGAAAAAAAAACUUUUUUGAUCAAAAAUAGAAGCAAUGAACAAAGCAAUUAUGUGUAGAAUUACAGAACGUGUGAGUGACUGAGGUUGGUUGUAGAGCUUAGUCUUUUUAUUCUAUUUAUGGAUAACCUUGUUACAGAGUACCAGAUUUAUUCAUUAUUCUUAUUGACUUUUAUUAUUAUAAAUGCAAACUAUAACUCUUGUAUCAGUAGUAUGAUAUUGUUACAAAGCUUUACUAAGUAAUCUUGUGUGUUUGUAGGAGAGAAUGUGUGUUUUAUGUGGGGGGAGAUUAGCACUUCUAGAUAAUACUGAUUUUGAAUGUUGAAUGCAUUGCGAUACACAAGUCCCUUUUUUCAGUUAUUGAUCAUGUGCAAUAUUAAUUGUGAUGUUUUUGCCAAUUUUUAAUAAGGUUUCCUUUGAGCCCAUUAUUCAAUCCUACACCUAUGGCUGUUUAGCUGUAUAGUUUGGUGAUAACUAUUGAUAUCAGUCAGCAAACAAACACCACAAUUUACUUAUAUCAAUCAGACGGAUACCUUUUUUUUCAUACCAUUGGGAUCUGAGGUAAACCUGAUCAAUCAGGGCAGAUCUAGUAUCGCCACCACUCCCUACUUGUCUGGUAGUUUAUAUACGUAUAGAUUCAUGCAUAUUCAUUAACAUUUUAACAUGUUUAUCCAUUAUGGGCAUAUUUAGAUGUAUACCAUACCUUUUUGCUGAAUAUUAAUGUAUUUCACUCUUAAAAUUGUAUAUAUUUUGAAAUUAUUUAGUUUUGAAUAAAAAUUGUUAUACACUAUUUUAUGAUAUAGAUACAUUUGUUAUUUCCAGUGUGUAAGCUUAUCUAUAUGUUCAUUUCUCCUUAAUAAAGUGACAGUUUAGGUCACCCCGGGUUGAUGAUAAUCCCAUUGUUUGUUCAUUUAGGACUUUGAACCUGCAGUUGUCACUCCUGUUUGCUCAUUCCUUUGAUGUCUUGAUCAUACAUAAUCUUUGUACACACCCUCCCCGUCCUUACCUUUGAAAUAUGCAAUUUUAGCACCGCCAAGGCAACACCACAUUCCCCUUAGCCUAUCUUGCUUCAGCUCCACCCCACUCCCACCACACCCCUUAUAUGCCUAUUUAUAUAAAUUCUAGGUAUGUUUUCAGUCUGUAGUAUGGUUGAUAUCUAAAUUUCCAGCAGAUUGGCUAUUGAGAGUGUAGUUGAAUUAUUUUGCUCUUGGCCCUUUGCACUAACUAGCAGAAUACUGUAUGGUGAUAUGAUGACAAGUUUCUUUUGAUUAAUCCUGGAAGAAGAGGAAGUUUUCUUAAUAUCAUUAAACGAGGGUUGGUAUGUUCACUACUUUUAGUGUAAGGUUCCUGUGCUAUAGUUUUGUAUGUUUAGUAGAUAUGUUUGCUCGUGAUUGUCAUAUGAAUCACUGGAGCCAUACGCUGCAAUGUUUUAAUCAAAAUGACAAAAUUCAGAUUAUGCAGUUAACUAAAAAUUUAUAUUUUAUUGAAAACAAAAUCAAUGUGAGCUUUUCAUGGUGUGAAUUUCUUAAUCAGCUUUUUACUGAAGCUUGAUAAAUCUUUAAGUAUAUCAAACAUAAAAAUUAGUACAUAAAUGCUUUUUACCUAUAUUUGUCAAUGUACAAGAACUGAGUGGGCCAUCCUGCACUUGAUUUUCAUGAUAAUUUUUGGAGGAAUGGGUUAACAUUACAGUUCCCACGGGACUAUUAUAAUUUAUCAUGAAGAUGGAACCUAAACUUUGUAUUGUAGGCAGAUUUGUAUAUGGUCUGUGUACAUUUAGAACGAGCACAUCUAAUACAAACUGUUGUAAACAGUUCUAAAGUCUCUUAAUAUCAGUACCCUUAUUACUCUUUAUGAAUGUUUUGUAAUACCAACAUGGUAGAUAUGCUUCUUUUUGUUCUCAAAAUUAAAAACUUUAAUUUUUGAAAAUCAUUUGACUAAUUUUUCCUGCUGUCUUGAACCAGAGUUAGGUGGUAUUAAAAUAGGUUAUUAUUAUUUUCCCUUAUAUUAAAGUUUGAUCAUGUAUGUUAACAUAAAUACAAUGUUUGAUUGCUUUUUUCCUUGGGGAAUUUAUGAUGCAUAGAGUGCUAAUAUGUUUAUUGGGGAGUUACUAUUAACAUUAUUAUACGAAAUUUUGAUAUUACCAUUUAUCAUUUUUUUGCAUUCAUUUAUAUACACUUUUUUUCUUCCACAAUGCAUUUUGCUGGUAUAAUGUUUUUGUUUUUCCCAUUGAUCAAUGUGUCAUUACUGGUACCAAGUAGCUGCUGAAUAGCUACAGACUGACAUACCAGGUAAUUUACAGUUUAUAUGAAAGAUCCUUAUGAGCCAUCUGUUUUGCUAGAAAAUAUAUCGUUAAGUAUUCAUAAACCCUACAGUUGUUAUUUGGUACUUCUAGACAUGUAGGACACACUUGAUAAUUUUCUGAGAACAAUUUGUAUUGUACUGUAGUGGUAAAUAAUUAAAUUAAGAUUUCUGUUCACUUAAAAGUUCAAAUGUUAAUCUGCAGAUUCAUUCAACUAUUGGUUAAUUCAAACGAGAAGUUACCAUCAAAAAAGUAUAAAGUUACAAAUAUUUUGUAUAUUAUUCUGCUAUUUACACUCAAAGGCAAUGAUUAUUCAGCAAUAUUGUGGGUUUUUUUAAAUCUAGAUGAUUCUUUUGUUAAUGUCUUUUGUGAUCGUGGUUUGUUUAAUACAUGUUGUGAGACUGUUGAUAGUGUGGGACAUCCUAACAGUAAGCGUUACAUCAGCUCUGGGACAGUCUUACUUCACACCAACAGCUGGCCACAAAAAAUAGGUAUACCUGUGUUGUCUGUGUCUCCGGCCUAUCUCUUCUAUUAUCACAUGCAAAUUAAUUGAUGUCUACACUUUUGAAACAUAUUUAAGCAUUGUUCCUAGCCUUUUGGAAUACUGAUAGUUGAUGUUAGUUUUCUAGUAUGGUACAUUACGUUUUGUAGUAUAGUUAUAACUCCUCGAAGGAGCAUUUCAUAUUUUAAGAAAUAUCUUGUAAAUAUUUUUAAAUAUUUUUGUCAUUUGGAAAAAAACAAUUGUGAGACUUUCAGAAAUACUAACCACAUACAUGUAAGACUCAGAGGAUGUGGAACUGCAUGGUACAGCUUGGCCUACCAUUUUAUACAGCACUGUAUCUGUCGUUACGGACAAGUAACAAUCUGUACAAACUGAUACUCUCAAUAGUUUUGUUGUUUUCUAGUAAAUGUUAAUUUCCUUCAAUUUGAAACAUUCCCUUUGAAAAUAUUUAUACAUACUUUAAUGGUCAUUAGAUUGAAGUUGUAUGACAUACUGGCACGUAUCAGGGUAUUUAUAUGAUCAGUUUAUUUUGUAGUUAAAUCGUGAUUAAAAAGGACAUCGGUCCUAAGCAAGGCUACUUACUCUGUAAUUAUAUUAAAACUACGCUGAAGGUUACACUAUGGACAGCUUUCCUCUGUAUUCCACCAACGCCAUCCUCAACACAAGACGAUGGCCUUAGUCACUGUGCUUUUAGAAACUUUUGGUCCAUGGUGUAAAAAAAGAGUACAAGAUGUACUGAGGGAAGUGUAGUCGCUGUUAGUUGUGCCAUAUUUAUAUACUGAGUUACAACAGUUAACACCAGUUUCAUAAGAGAGUGACAGUAUUUAUGAUAGAUUUUACAGGAAAUUAACUCAUUUGGUGUCGUUUAUUUACAAAUUGUUAAAAUAUUUUUUUCCGAAUGUUUUAUCCUUAAAUGGCAGAGGAUUAGAAAAUUGUGAAUUGAAAAUUUUAUAUGCAGGAAAGUGUACACAUGUAACAUAGAGAAAUGAUAUAUAGUUUAUAAAUUAUAACCAGUUUGGUUAGUUAAUAUAAGAUGCACAAAAUCUUAAGAGUAAUGACAAAAUUAUGUAAAAGUAAAAUGCAAAAAACUUUAAUGCUAUAUUGUAGAGCUGCUGUUAUUUUGAAAUCUGCACAACAGUGUUAAAAAUACAUUGCCAGCAUACAUGUGCUGGUGUUACAUAGCCAGUAUAUAUUUACUGGUGGUGUUACAUAGCCAGUCUAUAAUAGUGGUGUUACAUAGCCAGUAUAUAUUUACUGGUGGUGUUACAUAGCCAGUCUAUAAUAGUGGUGUUACAUAGCCAGUAUAUAUUUACUGGUGGCGUUACAUAGCCAGUAUAUAUUUACUGGUGGCGUUACAUAGCCAGUAUAUAUUUACUGGUGGCGUUACAUAGCCAGUAUAUAUUUACUGGUGGCGUUACAUAGCCAAUAUAUUUGUACUGGUGGCGUUACAUAGCCAGGAUAUUUGUACUGGUUGCGUUACAUAGCCAGUAUAUAUUUACUGGUGGUGUUACGUAGCCAGUCUAUAAUAGUGGUGUUACAUAUCCAAUAUAUAUUUACUGGUGGUGUUACAUAGCCAAUAUAUUUGUACUGGUGGUGUUACAUAGCCAGUAUAUAUUUACUAGUGGUGUUACAUAGCCAGUAUAUAUUUACCGGUGGUGUUACAUAUCCAAUAUAUAUUUACUGGUGGUGUUACAUAGCCAGUAUAUUUGUACUGGUGGUGUUACAUAGCCAGGAUAUUUGUACCGGUGGUGUUACAUAGCCAGUAUAUAUUUACUGGUGGCGUUACAUAGCCAGUAUAUAUUUACUGGUGGUGUUACAUAGCCAGUAUAUUUGUACUGGUGGUGUUACAUAGCCAGGAUAUUUGUACCGGUGGUGUUACAUAGCCAGUAUAUUUGUACUGGUGGUGUUACAUAGCCAGGAUAUUUGUACUUGUACGAUACAAGUUAAUAUCAUUUAAAUGAUCCUUUCUCUUUCUAAGCCAUUACAGCACUUAAGCCACCCAUUUUUUCAUAUAUUAAGUGUCGUACACAUUUCUUAAUUGAAUUUUUUCAACCAUGUAUGUAUGUGAUGUAGUGCUUAAACAAUUUAAAUGUAUCCCUUUUGAAUAAAACACAUCUCAAUUCUGAAUAAAA